AUGGCUGAAAAAGUGGCAAGUUACCAGCUGUUGGAAAGAACUGGCGACGGACAGUUCUUAACAAGCACAAGCAAGUGGAUUCUCCCAGCUGCAGUUCCAGGUUCUGCCACAGGCAAACAGCUCCCUCUCCAUAUGCUCCCGGAACAAGGAUACCCCAACUACAUCCUCACAAAGACACUUGAAGAUGUAGACAAGAGAGAAAGAACUACACUGUUGGGCAGUAGAACUAGGUCCAAACCUAAUGAUGAGUAUAGUGGCAACAAUAAAUGUGUUUUUGUGACACAAUACAAUACACAUGCUACAGAAAUAAGACAUAUAGUCCACAAAAACACCCAAAUUCUUAAAAUUGAUCCAUUAUUAGAAUCAGAAAUAGACAACAACAAGCAAUCUAAAACAAUGUGCAAAGCCAAUGAAACCACAUUCACAGAGUUCAUCCUUCUUGGAUUCCACAAUAUCCACAACAUCAAGAUCCUACUGUUCUGCCUGUUCCUUGUGGUCUACCUUCUGAUAGUAACUGAAAAUUGCCUGAUAAUCACCUUGAUCUCAACAUGCCGACACCUCAAUAUUCCCAUGUACAUAUUCCUGAGGAAUUUGGCAUUGGCCGACCUUAUGUUGACUUCUAACAUGAUUCCAAAAUUGCUCCAGGUGACAUGGUCAGAAGGAGCUACAAUAUCCAAAACGGGCUGCAUUGUCCAGUUUUACUUCCACUGCGUUGCAACCUAUGCACAGUCACUGAUCCUCCCAGCAAUGGCAUUUGACCGAUUUCUGGCUAUCUGUUACCCCCUCCACUAUUCAUCUCUGAUGAGCCAUAAACUAUGCUUUCACCUGACUUUCUGGCCCUGGGCCAUUGGAAUCAUUCUAAUGCAAAGCGAAGUGGCCCUAAUAGGCCAACUGAGCUUCUGUCGUUCCAACAUAAUUGACCAUUUCUUUUGUGAUUUUUCCCCAAUUUUACAAAUGGUCUCUGCAGACCCCUAUAAUGUGAAGUUUGAAGACUUUUUCCUCACCAUUCUUCUGUCAUGUCUUCCUUUUGCCUUCAUCAUUGCAUCCUAUUUCUUUAUAUUAGUCGCUAUUAUUAAAAUCACGUCUAAUGUUGGAAGGCGAAAAGCCUUCUCUACUUGCAGCUCCCACCUUGCCGCUGUGUGCACUUUCUAUGGGCCGUUGUUUGCUAUAUACAUGUUUCCAGUUGGGGGAAACACACCCAAUGAACAUAAGGUGAAAUCUCUGCUAUACACAACACUGACACCGCUUAUGAACCCGAUACUUUACAGCAUGAGAAACCAGGAGAUCAAGAAAGCAUCGCAGCAACUAUUUUGUAGGAAAAGAACAUAA